AUGUCUUUGUCUGUUGAGUGCUAUCUUCUCGGCUCGACAAACGAUGCGCCAAACAGUCGAUUGCCGGUAAUUCACUACAAGGAUGUAUUGCCUCGGCCUCGGACAGAAGAAACGGCGACGCAGUUUUUGACGACGAAUGACUGGGAAAAGAGGGGAACCUGGGGCCAUAUCGGAGAGCCACAUUUCCAUCCCAAUACACAUGAAUGCUACGGUAUCUUUCAAGGCUACUCAACGUUGCUCCUAGGAAAGAUUAAAGACGGAGAGGGCAUUCAAGUCGACGUGAAUGUUGGCGACGUAAUCGUCCUCCCAGCUGGCACCGCUCACUCCUCUCUGCAGAGUUCCGACAACUACCGAUACAUUGGGGUGUAUCCGAAGGAAUGCCCGAAAUGGACCAAUGAGAUGGGCAAACGACCGCCAGCUUCCUUCAUCCAGACCAUUGGGGCAGUUGCCACGCCGCAGGCUGACCCGGUAUAUGGGAAACGAGGGCCAUUGGCAUGUUUGUGGAACACCAAGCUUUGUGCCAAGCUAUAG